AGUAUCUUAGUUUGCAGCAAAGGAGGGCCUUGUAACUUGUUGAAAAGUUAAAUAAAUAAGGCAACUCGCUCACUGUUAAGUGUAACACAGUGGAGCUGCAGACGGCCGAGAGGCCUGCGCGUCUUUGAGAUCUCGUUGCAUAGCUUCUUGCUCAUACAGAAUGAAUGUAGACGGCAAGGAAAAGGACGCUGCUGCCUUGAGGGAGGAGGGGAACAACCUCUUCAAAAAUGGAAAUAUACAGGGAGCUCUCUGUUGCUACACUAAAGCACUGAAAAUAAGUGACAGCCAAUCGGACAGCGCCGUCCUGCACCGCAACAGAGCCGCAUGCUACCUCAAACUGGAAGACUAUUCCAAAGCGGAGGAGGAUGCUACCAAAGCCCUAGAUACCGAUCCAGGCGAUGUGAAGGCUCGGUUCCGACGCGCUCAGGCUAUGCAGAAACUGGGCCGAUUGGAUCAAGCGUUUUUAGACGUCCAAAAAUGUGCACACAUGGAACCCAAGAACAAAGCUUUCCAGGACCUGCUGCGACAACUUGGAGCUCAGAUCCAGCAAAAGGCUUCCCAGCUUUCAUCCACAGACGCCCGCGUUCAGCAGAUGUUCAAACUCCUCCUAGACGCCUCUGCACAACCCACUGACAGGCAGAAGGCGGCCCAGAAUCUGGUGGUGCUGUCCCGGGAGGAGGCCGGAGCUGAGCAGAUCUUCCGAAACGACGGCGUGAAGCUCCUCCAGAGACUGCUGGAGUCCAGCCAGGAGGAUGUUAGGCUCUCAGCCUUGAGGACUCUGGUGGGCCUCUGCACCGGGCACCAGUCCAGAACAAUGGCGAUUGUGAAUGAGCUGGGAAUGGACGGCCUGUGUUCUGUUAUGGGCUCGGGGGGCGAGGCAGUGUCCCUCGCCGCCUGCCACCUCCUGCAGGUGAUGUUUGAGGCCCUGACAGAGGGCAUGAGGCGGGAGAUCAGAGGGAAGGACGAGGCCAUCCUGCCAGAGCCGUCUCGUGAGCUCCGUUCAAUGCUGCGCCACCUUGUGGACAUGUUGCCGGCGGCCGGCGUAUCUGGGCCUGGCCGUGACAGCGCCAUCAACCUGCUGGUCAAGCAGGUUCCCCGCAAGUCUCAGAGGGACCCCGACAACUCCCUUACUCUGUGGGUGAUUGACCAGGGGCUGAAAAAGAUUCUGGAGGUUGCAGGGACUGUUCCUGAGCUCUCGGAUGGACCCCCCCUCACUGACAACACCCACAUGAGCUGCUCUGUGUUGCUCAGCAAGCUCUACGAUGAUCUGAAGAGUGACAAGGAGAGGGAGAACUUCAACCAUCUCUGUGAGGAAUAUGUCAAGCAUCACUUUGAGCGCUCCGGGCUGGAGAGCAAGCUACGUGCUAUUCAGACGGUGUCAGUGCUGCUGCAGGGGCCCAGUGACGUCGGCAACCGAACCCUGGAGAUGUCUGGCGUCAUGGAUACCAUAAUCUCACUGUGCGCCUCCCAGGACAUCACCCACCAGCAGGUGGCAGUAGAGGCGCUCAUCCAUGCCGCGGGAAAGGCUAAGAGGGCCUCUUUCAUUACCGCUAAUGGCGUGGCGCUGCUUAAAGACCUGUACAAGAAAAGUGAGAAUGACAGGAUCAGAGUGCGGGCGUUAGUGGGUUUGUGCAAGCUGGGCUCGGCCGGAGGCACUGAUUUUAGCAUGAAGCAGUUUGCGGAAGGAUCCACACUGAAGCUGGCCAAGCAGUGCAGGAAGUGGCUGUGUAACGAGUCCCUGCCCCAGAACUCCCGCCGCUGGGCCAUCGAGGGCCUGGCCUACCUCACCUUCGACGCUGACGUGAAGGAGGAGCUUGCGGAGGACGGCCACGCUCUGCAGGCCAUGUUCCAGCUGGCGAAGUCUGAGGAUAAGACGGUGCUGUUCGCUGUGGGCUCUACCCUGGUGAACUGCACCAACAGCUACGAUGUGGACAAGCCAGACCCCCAGAUGGUGGAGCUGGCCAAGUACGCCAAACAGCACGUGCCGGAGGAGCACCCCAAGGAUGCACAGCCCUUUGUGCAGAAGCGGUUAGCCAAGCUCCUGGAGGCUGGGGUGGUGUCAGCGCUGGUGUGUAUGGUGAAGCAGGAGAGCCCCGCCCUGACGGAGGCCUGCCGAGAGUGCAUCUCCAGGGUGUUCUUGGCUCUGGUCGACAGGCAGGAGGACCGGGGCACGGUGGUGGCGCAGGGAGGAGGGAAAGCCCUGAUCCCUCUUGCGACUGAGGGGACAGACGUGGGGAAAAUCAAGGCGGCACAGGCACUUGCUAAAAUUGCCAUCACCUCGAACCCAGAGAUUGCCUUCCCUGGAGAGAGGAUAUACGAGGUGGUGCGGCCCCUGGUCAGCCUGCUGGCGCUGGACUGCACCCUGCUGCAGAACUUUGAGGCUCUCAUGGCGCUUACCAACCUGGCGGGCAUCAGCGAAAGACUCAGGCAGAAGAUCAUCAAGGAGAAGGCUGUGUCCAAGGUGGAGGGAUACAUGUUUGAGGAGCACGAACUGGUCCGUGCAGCAGCCACAGAAUGUAUGUGCAACCUGGUGCUAAGCACUGAGGUGCAGAAGCUGUUCGUGGCCACUGGGAACGACCGCCUGAAGCUGCUGGUGCUGUACAGCGGGGAGGAUGACGAGCGGCUGAGGAAGGCUGCAGCCGGAACCCUGGCCAUGCUGACGUCCGAGCAGCCGGAGCUGUGUGCUCGUAUUCCUGGAACUACCAGCCACUGGCUGGAGAUCCUGCAGGCCCUGCUGCUGAGCGAGAGCCCGGAGCUGCAGCACCGUGGGGCCGUCAUCGCCCUCAACGUGAUGAAGGCCGAGCGCGACCUGGCCGAGCGGCUCAUGGAGAGCGAGGCGCUGGAGAUCCUCUCCGUCCUGGCCAAGGGCGACGCCUCCACGAAGAGCCCCGUCGCCAGCGCCGCCAAGCAGUGCCUGGAUGUGGCCCUGGAGUACGGCAUCAUCAAGAGCAACAGAGGCGCGGUGGGAGAGGGAACCGAGCCCUGAUCCCCCCUCCUGCUCCACAGUGCCUCUGCAGGCGGGUUGAGGAAUUGCACAGAUGUACAUUCCGAUUAUGUUGAGGUCUUAAAGAAUAGCGAAUGGGAAAUUUUCUCACCUUUCUCACCUGACUUCUGUGAAGUAUAAUCACAGCCAUUCUGCUGUUUUUUUUUUUCACUAGAGAAGCUCAACGCACAGACAAGUGCACAUGUGUCCGUUAGCUCAACCAAGACCAAAUAUUUUUUCUUAUUGCUGUCACCAUCUCUUCUUCAUUCUUUCUGUCUUCUGUUUACUUCUAUUACUUUUGCAUUCCAUACUAGUUUUAAUGAUAGUAUUGAUGCAGACAGGACAGUGAGAUGUAUUUAAUAGCACAUGUGGUUAUUUAGGACCCUUGGACUGCUCUGUGUCCAUGUUUAUACUGUGCCUUUUUAACAAAUACCUAAAUCUGCUUGGUGGCUCACUACAUUUCAAGCGUUUUUUUAAAGUUAUUUAAAAGAGCACCUUGUUCACACAAAUAAAGCAAUACUGAUGUGCUUUGAGUUUGACUGUGACACAAGAUGAUGUUUGCUUCAUUCAUCCUGCUAUUUAUAGUGUAAUCACUUCUGCUGACAUUUAU